AUGGUCAAGCUUCAAUUAGCUUUCUCAGCAUUGUGUGCUUUGCUUCUUUUUGGUAAAGCUCUGUCGGAAAAUCGUACUUCUCAACUGUUCGAGGAAAUCGGUAGCCACACAAAAGAGAAUUUUGUAUUAUCACUGUUUGAUAUUGAAUUGAUUCUUUUUGAGAUCUAUGCCGGCAACGCGAUAUUGAAUGAUUCAAAUUUACGGCAAGAUUUGAUAAUUGGAAUCGGAGACUCUGAAGUAAAGAAAGAAAUGCAAGCGUUGGCCACAAAAUAUAGGAAAGCCUCGAGGGCCCAAAUCAAAAUGGCCAGUAGAGUGUUCGUGCCGCAGGAAGAUCCUCUGUCAAAGGAAAUAUCCUUGAUAUACUCGUUGCUAACGGAAAGAGCCAAGAAGCAUGAUUACAACAAAGAUGUCAAGAACUCAAGAACUAUGGAAAAGUGGGUGUCUGAAAACGUGGAUAGGGCUCUAACCAAAUACGCACUAGACAAAAAAGCUACGCAAUUGGUAGCACUCAGUGGAAUGUCAGUUACUCCCCAAUGGAGUAUUCGAUUUAAGUCCCAGCACAACAGAUAUUUUGAUAGAAAAUAUGGUACGGGGCAUUCGAAAGGUCCACUAUGUGUUCCCAUGAUGCACACUCUACUCAAAAUUGAAACAAUGGCCACUGACGAGGCCAAAGGAAUAUUCAUAAAAUUCGUAACCACAGACAUUGGCAUUCUGUUUCUACUCCCGAGAAAGGGUGUCAGCUGCCAGGAUGUUUUGGAUAAUCUGAGCACCCAGAUUAAUGCUGAAAUGGAUGAUCCCAGAGAUAUUAACUUAAUAUUACCCAUAUUUAAGGCAAAUUACGAACCAGACAUCAGUUCAGUUAUAAAAAAAAUUAAUAUGGCUAGUGUGUUUAACGGCACGAAGUUUUACUCGGAGUUCAACAUAAAAAUCGAUGAAUUCGUGCAAAAUACUGUGAUCGACAUUCAACCCAAUCACAAUUUAACUGAAGUGAAUGAUAUUGAUAUGAAAAAUAUUGAAAAAUUUGAAGUAAAUCGUCCAUUUGUCUUUGUCAUUAAGGAUAAAGAUUCAAUAUAUGCAGUUGGUCGAAUUGAAAAUUUGGAUGGACUUACUUCUCAGGUUAACUGUUCAAGGAAGUAUUACGAUUUUGACUAAUGGAGAAAUUGGUUUGAAAUAAAAGAAUUAAUACUUUUAUUUUUUAACUGUUGAUCUAAUAAAAAUUUUAAAUUAA